AUGGACCGGGAUGUAAAACACCUGCAAGCUAUGCUGCUGCGUGCACAGGGACAUCGCGGCUCUUCCUUCCUGGAGAUCUACCAGAACUGCAACAUUUUUAAUGACGGCGCUUUUGAAAUAUUUACAGAGAAGGCAUCUAAACCGGAUGAAGCUUUAUUCCUGGAACAGGGGCAACCGCUGAUCUAUGGUGCAGACAAAAAUAAAGGCAUCAGGCUGGAUGGUUAUAAACCACAACUGGUAAGGCUCGAUGAAGGUUAUAGUGCAGACGACCUUUGGGUACAUGAUGAAACUGAUUUUUUCAAAGCCCAGAUACUGACCCGCUUUUUUGACAAUCCGGUUUCUGAAGGACAUCUGCCCCGGCCAUUUGGCGUUUUUUAUGUGGCCGACCGGCUUUGUUAUGAAGAUCAGAUGCAACUGCAACUGGAAGAGGCGCUGGCGACCAAGGGCCGCGGCGACCUGGACAAGUUAUUACAAGGACAAACGAUCUGGUAUGGGCUGAGCACGAUCAUGGCCCGGCUGAUCGGUUUUUUGCUGAAUCCGCUGAUCACUUACCUGCUCAACUCUCCGGCGGGCACCAUACAAUUCGGGGAAUACAGCACGGUUAUGGCGUAUAUCCCGUUCCUGAAUGUGCUGUUUACCUAUGGUAUGGAAACGGCCUAUUUCCGGUUCUCCAAUUCGGGGACAGAUAAGGGCCGUUUGUUCCGGACUUCGUUCAGCUCCAUCAUUCUUUCUACGAUUAUCCUGAGUAUUCUAUUGUUCCUGGCAAAAGAGCCGAUUGCGCGCCUGACCGGCCUCGAAAAACAUCCGGAAUAUAUUACCUGGACCCUAUGGGUUAUUGCGCUGGAUACCUUGUCGGUGAUCCCUUUUGCCAAGUUGCGGCAGGAAGGCCGUCCGCGCAAGUAUGCAUUUGUCAAGGUGGCUGGCGUGGUGGUGAAUAUACUGCUGGUAAUACUGCUGGUGGGUGUUGCGCCACGUUAUGCAGCUGGCUCCGACGGGUUCUUUGCCCGCUGGUAUCAUCAAUAUACAACCACCGGUUUCCUGAUCAUGGCUUUUAUUGCCCAAAGUGCUGUAACCUUAUUACUGCUUGCCAAAGAGUGGAUGGGUUUCCGCUUUAAGCUGGACCUUAAGCUGUGGCGCACCAUCCUUAAAUAUUCAUUGCCCUUUGUGAUCAUCGGGCUGGGCGGGAUGGUUAAUGAGGUGAUCGACCGGAUCAUGUUGCUUCAUCUGUAUAAAGGCACGGAAGACGCUGCUAAAGCGGCGGCUUUUAAGAUGGCGGCAGAGCCUUUUUUCUUCAGUCAGGCGGCCGAUAAAAACGCACCGAAGACGUAUGCCAAGGUGAUGAAGUGGUUUGUGAUCACCCUGUGCCUGGCCUUUCUGUUCACUGCCCUGUUCCUGGAUGUGUGGAAGUACCUGAAUGGUUCGCAGUACCGCAGCGGACUUGGCGUAGUACCGAUUUUAUUGUUUGCCAAUAUCUCCCUGGGUAUCUAUUACAACCUGGCAGUAUGGUAUAAGAUCACCGCUCAAUUGAAAUAUGGCAUUUACAUUACCCUGGCCGAGCGCAAAGAGCUGAAAGGAUUCCCGGUUAUUGGUAAAUACCUAUAA